UGCCCGCGCCAUGCUGCAGUGCGAGCUGUGCGGCCAGGCGCUGCGCACGGAGUCGGAGAUGAGGCGCCACCUGCUGCGCGCGCACCUGGAGCGCGAGUCCCGCUGCCCGCUCUGUUCCUUCUCCGCCCCCGGCUACGACGAGCUGCGCGCUCAUGUGGAGAGCGCGCACCCCGAGCCGGGCCCCGCCCCCGCGGGCCCGCCCCAGUGCCCCUUCUGCGGGGAGACCGGCACCUCGGGCCGCCAGGUGGAGGCGCACGUGAGGUCGCGGCACGGCCACCUCCUGGACCCGCCGGUCCCGGGAAAUGGACAACAGCUAUAUGAAUGUCCAAUGUGUGAUCUUGUCUGUGCAAACUGUCAGAUUCUCCAGGAACAUGUGGACUUGCACUUAGAAGAGCACCGCUUUUCAGAAGUAGAUAUAAAUGUAGGUGGAAGUUUAAGUGAUUUGGAACUGGCUCAGCAGCUCCAGAAUGAAGAAGACAGACAGCAAGGAUUAGAAGAAGCAAAACGAGAAAGAGAAGAAUUCCAAAAACUGCAGAGACAAUAUGGAUUGGAUAGUGCUGAAGGCUACAAGCAGCAGUCACUAAAGAAUAUGGAAAGGGAAGUAGCUAGGGGAAGGAUGCAGCCUUCUGAAUAUCAUAAGAGAAAAGCUGACAUGAUGGAAUCUUUGGCUUUUGGAGUAGAUGAUGGGAAAACAAAGACCUCAGGAGUCAUUGAAGCACUUUGCAGGUACUAUCAAAAUGAAAUCAAAGAUGUAAGACAUGUUUGGCUUUCUACAGGAGUGGAUCACUUCCACUCAUCUUUGGGAGACAAAGGUUGGGGUUGUGGCUACAGGAACUUUCAAAUGCUGCUUUCUUCGUUAUUGAGCAAUGGAAUGUAUAAUGACUGUUUGAGAGAUAUUACUUUAAUUCCUUGUAUUCCAAAAAUUCAGUCCAUGAUUGAAGAUGCUUGGAAAGAAGGUUUUGAUCCUCAAGGAGCAUCUCACUUCAGCAAUAGAUUACAUGGUACCAAGGCAUGGAUAGGAGCAUGUGAAAUUUAUUCUCUGUUAACCAGUCUCAGAUUAAAGUGUCAAAUCAUUGACUUUCACAAGCCAACUGGCCCCUUGGGUACACACCCUUGUUUAUUUGAAUGGGUUUUGAGCUACUAUUCUUCAAACAGAGAAGGUGGUACAAAGGUUGUGUGUACCCCCAAACCACCUAUCUACAUGCAGCACCAAGGGCAUAGCCGUACUAUUGUUGGAAUAGAAGAGAGGAAGAAUAGAACAUUAUGUUUACUAAUAUUUGACCCAGGAUGUCCAUCCCAAGAAAUGCAGAAACUGUUAAAACAAAGCAAUGAUGAUACCAGUCUCAAACUACUUCGGAAAUUUGUGGGUAGCUUAAAAGAUAAACAGUACCAAAUAGUGGCUGUAGAUGGUGAGCUCUCACCAGAGGAGAAAGUUGUUCGCUGCCAGGCUUCUCAACUGUUCACAGCGGAGAGGAUUCCUUAAAGGGUCAUCUAUUUACUACUUUUCUCUGGAACGUCAUGGAUGUGAAACUUCAAAUGCAUUUAGACAGCUUUUCAAUCAUCUUAUUUAUAAUGUGUUUAAUAUUUUUCAGCAUUUCUAAUUAUACCUUGCCAAAAAAAUAAGUUUGUCCUGUUAAUUUUUAAUAAAUAUUUAUAGGCUUCAUGGUUGUGUACUCUAGACCCUGCAGGAAUAUAAGGUUGGGCCUUAUGUUAGCCAUGUAGCAUAAUAAAGUGGGGAAUCUGGUCAAUUUACUGGAGUAUGGAAGAGUAUAGUGACUUGCUCCUGAGUGGCAAUAGUACCACAACGUUUUAACUGUAAGGUGUUACUGCUGUAGGGCUUACCAAGGCUCUUAUUUACUCUUCCACCAGUUUUUAUUAGUAUCUAUUCUAAUAACCACCCUUUCUGUAUAGGAGCAACCCUAUAGGGCUAGUGUAUCUGUGUAAUUGAUAAUUGCCUUAACAAUUGGAAAGUUCUUGUUCUCCUAUAUCCAUGAUGUUGUCUUUGAGAUGAGGUGUGUCACAUGGUGAUGGUCAUGCACUAUGUACCUGGAGCUGCUGCUUCUGUUUCCUCUACAGGUUGUCACAUGAAUCACUCUUGCAGAAAAAAAUGUCAAAGGUGGAGCUUAGAAGCUGUAGUAAAAUAGAAGAAGAUUAACUCAAAUCUGUCACCCCUUUCAAAAUACUGGAUGGGUUCCAAUGCUGCCUAUAGAGCCUUUCCUAAUGCGGCUGUUUCACAGUCUGAGUCGUCACUCGUGUGUCGGCGCAGGUAGGGUGGGGCUGACGGGGGCGUAGUGCUCCUGCAAGGAGCUCUGGCUGGCUGGACUUUUGACUCGGAGCCAUAUUGUCCCAUCCCCGUGCGGCCAGGGGAGGAGGGAUAGCGGAGGGCUGAUCCCAGCAGCCCCUAGCCGUGCUUCGGCGCCAGGGGGAACGGGCCUGGCCUGAGUCAAGGGGCGUCUCCAGCGCAGGGGCCGCUCCCCUUGUGUCAGCGGGGGAGGUCGGCGUGUAGCUGUAGGCAAGGGAGGCUCGUCUGAGCGGGAAACUUCCGGCU